AUGGACAAUACUAAUCAAUUACGAGAAUUAUUUGGACCAAGAAGUUACUCGAACAAUAAUGUUAUUAAAUCAAAGGCUCCAUUAUCUGUUAAUACAGCUGUUUUAAAGGAGUCACAUCAAAACUAUAGUGUCGCUUCUCCUUCUUCUCCUUCACCCUUUGUUCGACGAACAUUGUUAUCUAACGCGCGUCAGUCUUGGAUAUUUAAUAAGCCUCCCUCAAUUCCUGAGGCCGAAAGCGUUUAUGUUCAACCAACUGCUAUACUUGAAAAAAAUUUGGGAACUGCAAAAUCAAGAUUAUCAGUUAUUAUUCAAGGUGGUAUUAAUCAACAACAAUAUGGAAGAGUAAUGACUAAUAGUAUAUAUAUUAAAACUGAACAAGACAAAGAAUUGGUUAGUUCUUCUCCUACAAUAAACAAAGCUUCAGAGAUCGAAAAUUCAAUCGAUGAUAUACCGUUGCCGUCUCUAUUACCAACAACACCAUUAUCAAGUAGACCUAUAUCUAAUGUUUCUUCAUCAUCUACAAAUCAAUAUAAUAGUGAAUAUGAUGCAUCAUCAGAUUCGUAUUAUUCUUUAUCAUCUUCAUUUGCAUCCAAUUCUAUAAUUACGAACAAUCGUGAUAGUAUGUCGGAUACAGUCUCAAUGUUUAGCAAUUCACCUUCAAUCUUAAAUGAUCAUCAUAAUAAACAAUUUUAUAAUAAUGCUCCUCAACCUUCUUCCGGUAUACCUUAUCAUCGAUAUUCUAUGCCUUCUUCUUCAAGAGAAUUAACUUCACAAAAUAGUCCUAAUCAAUAUAUUAUUGAACCUCAAAGACGCGCUUCAAUGCCAAUAUUAUCUAACGAUAUUGAUUCAUCAGAUAUAAUUACAUCUCCAAUAACUCCUCGCGCUACUUUGCGUCCCAGUAGAUUAUCAUCGCCUGCUAAUGCCAAACUUGCUCAAAGAGCCUCAAGAGCAUCCAUGAGAAUGAGCCUUAAUAAUUUAAUGCAAAAACGUUUUAAUAUCGCUUUGGAAAUAUUGACUACCGAGCGUCAUUAUGUUGAUUGUUUACAGCUUGUCCAAAGGUUGUUCCUAAGCCCUUUGAAUAAAUCAUUGUCAUCGGCUAAUCCAAUACUGACCAAAAAGUCAAUCAAUGAAAUAUUUGCAAACCUCUCUGAUCUAAUUAAUGUUAACACAGAAUUAUUGAAAAGAUUGGAAGAGAGGAUUGCUAUACUCAUUGAUGAUAAACCAAUUGAAGAUUCUGAGGAUAAAUUUUGGAAUCCUGAAGAUGGUUGCCUAGGAGAUAUUUUCUUGAAUAUGGCACCAUUCUUUAAGAUGUAUUCGAUUUAUGUUAAAAAUUUCAAUUGUGCUCUUUCCGUAAUUGAUGUUCAACUGAGAGAUAAUCCAGCAUUUUCCGCUUUUCUAAGGGAUGUUAUCAAGACAGGACAGUGUAAAGGACUUACCUUACAAGCGUAUUUGAUAAUGCCAGUACAACGGAUACCUAGAUACAAAUUAUUGUUGGAGGAUCUGUUAAAGAAAACAGUGGAAACUCAUCCAGAUUAUCUUAAUUUAAAGAAAGCUUAUCAAGUUAUUGAAAACGUUGCCACUUUUGUCAAUGAAACUAUUCGACAGCAUGAAAUGUUUAUUACUAUGUUGGAUAUUCAAAAAUCAUUGACAGGAUUUGAUGAAGUAUUAUUGGUUCCAGGUCGUACUUUUAUUAAGCGAGGAACCGUCAAAAAGAUUUGUCGACGAAAUCAUCAGCAACGUGAAUUUUUUUUAUUUUCAGACAUUUUGAUCUAUGCUACUCCUAGUUUAAUGGAUGAUACUUAUACUUUUCAUCGAAAGUUCAAUCUCGAAGAUGUAACAGUUUUAAGUUUUACACUUUAUGCAGACACACAAAAAGAUAAAGAAUCGUGGAUCAACGCGAUUCGUGAUGCGAAGGAAGAAUAUUUAAGCGCAAAAAGAACACUCAAAAUUGAUAAUCAUGUGGGAUUGGAAAGGAAGGAUUCAUACAAAAAGAGAAUUGUGGAUAAUUAUCAUGCACCUGUAUGGAUUCCAGAUUCAGAAGCUGAUCGAUGUAUGAAUUGUUCGGAAGAAUUUUAUACGAUAUUUCGAAGAAAACACCAUUGUCGAGUGUGUGGAAAAGUUGUUUGCCAUGCUUGUUCUACAAGGAAAUUUGUUAUUCCUGGUUCUAGUGAACGAGAAGAUCAGUCGGCACGUGCAUGCGACCAUUGUUUUUUCACAAUGUUUCCUGAUGCUUUAAGAGAUGAGGAUAUAGCACCCGGUAUUCAUGUAUGGAACCUUGUCGGUAAUAGAAGCACAAUUUCACUUGUUGAAUCUCCACAAAAAGAUGAUGAUAUUAAGGAAAAAGAUAAAGUAUUUAAUAUGUUUGAGAACAAUCGAGCAAGCGUAGCAUUAUUUUCGAUCAACAAAUCUCUUCGUGAUGCUAUCGAAGCUAAACGCUGUGACCAUUGCAGAGUUGAUUUCACUGUAUUCAGAUGGAGGAAUGAAUGUUUGAAAUGCAAGAAAAUUGUUUGUAAUGAGUGUCUUACAAAGAAAUCGAUUGAUUUUUCAUCAUUACCUCAAGAAUUUUUGGAUGAAAUAUCAUCACAGACAAUUGAGAAUAGACGAUUUAGCGUUAUGUCAAAUGCUAUAAAAAUAUGUGAUUUUUGUUAUCUAGGUAUUGAUCCUAAUCGUAUUACAGUAGAUGAAGAAACAGAUGGUGGAUGGUCUGCAAAAGGACAGAUUUCUCCGCCAUCCACACCAAAACUAUUUAAGUCAGAAACAAGUAAUAACGUUCAAGCUAACGAUGGUGAAACAUUUAAGCAAUCAAGUUUUGAUGAUAAAGCGAUGAAUGUUAAUAAAGUUGAGGGCCAUUUUAAUAAAGUCAUGAUAGAAAAAGAACAAUGA